GAGGGUUUAUUAAAAUGCUUGAAAGACUAGGAGAGGGUUGUUUGUGGAUAGUCUUAGUUUUCACUUCGUUGGUUUACAAGUCAUCUCAGAUAGGUUCUGUUACGCCCGAAGUUAUUGUGUUAGAUACCAAUGGGAACCAAAAAGAAUUAGAUGGGGUUGCUAUCGUUUACAACUCUUAUGUCACUUUAAUUUGCCGCACAGUAUCUGACGAGCAUCUCCUAAGAUGGCUUUAUGCUCCGUCACAAGAUGAGACUUUCGUGCCACUAAAUAAUACGGGACAUAUUACUAUUUCAUCACAAAAAAACGAAGAAGUAUCACUACUGCUUAUCAGUGUUCAGUUUAACAUGUCGGGUGUAUAUCAGUGUACUAAUGGACUUGCUAGUCGUCAGAUAAACGUUCAUGUCUAUGGAGUUCUAAACAAAAUUAGCAGUACUAUCCACUUGAUUAAAAAACAUGAGGUCAUUGGUGCUUACAAUCUCCAAAUUAACGCAAUCAAUUCAAGUUAUUAUCCUGUUGUCGCAUGUGCAUUUCGGGUUGGUUCAAAUGGUGUAAAGUACACUACUGUUCGUUGGAGAGGCGGAAAGUAUCAUUCUAAACCCAAUCUUUAUAAAGUUACUGAAAGUCGAGACGAGAAAUCUGGCAUAAUAUGGAGUAAUUUGACUUUGCUUCAUCCCUCCUAUGAUCAAGAAUUGUAUGGGAAAUAUUAUUGCAUGUUCAAUAUUGUACCUGGGACUAUGGAGACAGCUGAAGUAGAAAUAAGCAUCCCACCAUUAAUACAUAAAAAUGAACGUAAUGUGAAUCUUUAUUCUGGUGUGAAAUACACCUACUUUUGUGAUAUUAUUGCUUAUCCACCAAUCACGGGAUCUGUUUCAUGGAUGAGGGAUAAUGUUCCCCUAGUAAUUGAAUACAAUUCUGAAAAUCAUAUACGUUUUGAAAGUAAAAAAAUUCUCAAUGAUCAAAUCGUAUUUGAUACAAUACAACCAGAUGAUAGAGCUGUCUAUUCUUGUUUUGUUCGUGGAGCAUUUGGGAAUGAUACAGCAGCUUUCUUUUUACGAGUGAAAGAUCGUCGUGCUCCCCUAUGGCCUUUAAUUGGUAUUAUCAUAGAGGUGGUGAUUUUAUUCAUAAUUAUUCUAAUUUACGAAUUGAAACGUCGUGAGCGCGCUAAGCGAGAAGAAGCAGUUGAUAAUUUGGUCACAUCUAGCAAAACACCAAAUAUAGAGUAUGGGGUAGAUGAAGCAAGUGAGAAUAUGUUAUUACGACAACGAGGUAAUCGUCAUUAAGGAGGAUAGCAAUUUGAAUUUCCAUAUUCAUUGUAUUCAACCACUCUCAACACAACAUCCAGUAUGUUUUCACAUGCAUACACACACACAUAUACAUGCCCAUAUUUUCUGUGAUGGAACUAUCUUUUUUUUUCUGUUCUGCACUAUUUCGUUAUUGCAUUUAUCACAGAUCAUGUUAUUUAUUAUUACAUAAUAGUUAAUCUUUCAAACAUUUUUCACACAAUCAUUUAUUCGGGAAUUGUAUCACAACAAUGUUUGAUACUCUCUCGUUCUCUCAUCAUGCAUUUAUUCUUCAGCAGUGAUUUCCUCAUGUUAUUGUGAUCUUUGAAUGUUAUUCGAUAUUUAAAUAUAUAUAUAUAUAUAUACUACUGUGAACACACCACUCAUUUUGAUAUUUGUAAAAAAUCACAUUUAUUCGCAUAAUUACAAAUAUUUUAUCAUUCUACAUCAUCAUACACACGUCUACUUUUCACUUAACCGUGUAAUGCACAAUCAGUCUUUGUUUUUCCUUUUAUGAUUGUUUUUUUAUUGAAUUUUUAUUCAAUGAAAUAUCUAUUUAAUCUGUUAUAUACAUAUAUAUAUAUAUAUUUUUUUUAAAAAAAAACAGAAUUAUUAGUUUAUAUAGUUGUGGUUUUUCGCCUAGGCAUUUAUUUGUAUUAAAUUUCCUUGUGUCCUCCUUUUUUCUCUUAUUAUUUUUCCUCUUAUUGUUUUAUUUUUUUUCUGUAUACAUAUCUACCUACAUUGUUUAAAUUAUUAUUAAUAUUGUAUACUUUUAUAGGCCGUAGUCACUUACAAUUUGCAUUUCCACAAUAUAUAUAUAUAUACAUAGAGAUUUAGACUAUUACUAUCAACACGCAAUUAUGAAUUAUUAUUAUUAUUUGUUAAUAUUACUAUUUUUGAAGUUGAUAUAAAGGCUGUUGAUUUGAUUGACCUGAUCUACUGCCUCGCAAAUAUGCACACUUUUCUCUUCUUUGUUUUUAAUCACAAAAUUUCCUCUUUAAGAACGUUUAUCUUGUUAAUAUUUAAUUCAUAAUAUUUUUACUGGUUCAAUUGUUUAAUAUGAAAAGAAAAGAGAAUACACUUCAAGUAUAUGGUAGUUUGUAGGAGUUUAUUUGUUCUUAUUGCUUAUUGAGUUUAUUUAAAA